GCUCCAAGCGUCCUGCUCCGCGCCGCUUGCCGGGGGCAGCCGGCGGCCGGGGCUGGUCUCGGUCGAGCCGCCGCCUUCCGAGGGGUUUUCCGAGGGCUGUCGGAGCCCCGCGGGGGCCGCGCAAGAUGGGGCUCGUGGGCAGGCUGGCGGCGCUGCCCCGCCACGGCGGCGCUGCCCGGCGGUGGCUGCGGCCGCCCUGCACGGAGAGCCGGCUGCCGGGCCGCGCUGCCUGCUGCCGGGCGCCGGGCGACUACGAGGCGGUGUUCAGGGCCUCGGUGGCCGAUCCCGAGAAGGUGUGGGGAGCGGCCGCCGCGCUGAUCCGCUGGGACAAGCCCUGGGACAGGGCUCUGCAGAGCCACGGCCCCGGGAGCGCCUCCUGGUUUGUAGGUGGAGAGCUGAAUAUUUGUUACAAUGCUGUAGAUCGUCAUGUUGAGAAUGGACGAGGAGACCACGUUGCCAUUAUUUAUGACAGUCCUGUAACAAAUACCAAAGAGAAAAUAACAUAUAAGGAACUUCUUGAACAGGUGUCCAAGUUAGCUGAUGUCAUGGUCAGACAUGGUGUGAAGAAAGGAGAUCGUGUUGUCAUCUACAUGCCCAUGAUUCCACAGACAGUAUACUGUAUGCUGGCUUGUGCAAGAAUAGGAGCCAUCCAUAGCCUGAUUUUUGGUGGAUUUGCCUCUAAAGAGCUUGCUGUUCGCAUUGAUCACGCAAAGCCCAAACUUAUUGUAACAGCAAGUUUUGGAGUUGAACCGAAAAGGAAAGUGGAAUACGUAUCACUCCUAGAAGGUGCACUUGCAAGGGUACAAAACAAACCUGAGAAAGUUCUCAUUUACAGGCGACCUAACUUGGGACAUGUUCCUCUUGCCCCAGGCCGCGAUCUUGACUGGGAAGAAGAGCUUUCAAAAGCACAAUGUUAUAAGUGUGUCUCUGUUCCUUCAGACCAUCCGCUUUAUAUUCUGUAUACUUCUGGAACAACAGGCUUGCCCAAGGGUGUAAUCAGACCAACAGGUGGCUAUGCAGUAAUGCUGAACUGGACAAUGUCAGCUGUAUAUGGACUCAAACCUAGUGAGGUGUGGUGGGCAGCUUCUGAUUUAGGCUGGGUAGUUGGCCAUUCCUACAUUUGCUAUGGGCCUCUCCUUCAUGGGAAUCCUACAGUUUUGUAUGAGGGGAAGCCUGUGGGAACGCCAGAUGCUGGUGCCUAUUUCCGCGUGCUAGGAGAGCAUGAAGUAGCUGCCCUCUUUACUUCACCAACUGCAAUUAGAGCAAUCCGUCAGCAGGACCCUGAGGCAGCCCUGGGAAAGCAGUACUCUCUGAAAAGGUUCAGAAUGUUGUUUGUAGCUGGUGAGCACUGUGAUGUGGACACACUAGAAUGGUCAAAAAAAGUCUUCAAGGUACCUGUCUUAGACCACUGGUGGCAAACUGAAUCUGGUUCUGCAAUUACCGCUUCCUGCAUUGGUUUGGGAAACUCUACAACGCCUCCACCUGGACAAGCAGGAAAACCAGUACCAGGGUACAACGUGAUGAUUCUGGAUGAAAAGAAGGAACCAGUGAAGACGAAGACUUAGGAAAUAUUAGUGGUAAAGUUGCCUUUGCCUCCUGGAGCGUUCUCAGGACUUUGGGAAAAUCAGGAAGCAUUCCAGAAGUUGUAUUUCCAAAAAUUUCCAGGAUAUUAUGAUACUAUGGAUGCAGGUUAUAUGGAUGAAGAUGGCUAUUUAUAUGUCCUGUCUCGAGCUGAUGAUGUGAUCAAUAUCGCGGGACACAGAAUUUCAGCAGGCGCAAUUGAAGAGUGUGUUCUCUUCCAUCAUGCUGUGGCAGACUGUGCUGUUGUAGGCCAGGAGGAUGCAUUAAAAGGGCACGUUCCCUUUGCCCUGUGCGUACUCAGAGAAGAUAUAAAGACAGAAGAGGGGAAGAUUUUGGAAGAGAUUAUUGAGAGCGUUCGAAAUAACAUUGGUCCAGUGGCAGCUUUUCAGAAGGGGGUGUUUGUGAAACAGCUACCAAAAACGCGUUCUGGCAAGAUCCCACGUUCAGCUCUUUCUGCACUUGUCAGUGGAAAGCCGUAUAAGAUAACACCAACCAUUGAAGAUGCUAGCGUGUUUAAACACAUAGAAGAAGUGCUGAAGAAAAAAUCAAUGGGUAAUAGGUUAAUAAAAGUGUCAGUUACUGAAACAUACAGAGACUUUCUGUUAGGAAAUACAUAUUUUAAAAAAUAGUCAUGAUUGGGGCUAUUUUUUUUCUUUAUUACGUAAAUGGUACUGUGUUCUUUACCGUAUUGCCAUAGCCAAUGAAGCAUACUGAAGACUGCAUGUUGUCAUUAUAUGCUGUAUGUUAAGAUCACUAAAAAAUUUAAAUAGUAUUCAUACACUGAUAUAGCUUUGGAGGGAGUCACUGUAUUCUCAUUAUAAUAGAAUCAUGGAAUCACAGAACAGCCCAGGUUGGAAAGGACCUUGAAAGAUCAUCAGGUCCAACCUUUCAUGGGGAAAGGGAGCCUAGAUGAAAUUACCUGGUACCCUGUCCAAUUACAUCUUGAAAAUCUCUAGUGAUGGAGAUUCUACAAUAUCCAUUAUUGUAUAAUGAAACCAAUAACUUGAGUUUGGCUAAAACAGCUGUCAGAAGGUAAGUCACAAACUGAAGACAGCAAUAAGUAGGAAUUCUGUUGUGAAAAUCAUUGCAGACAUAACUUGUCUUCACUUAUAAAUUAUGAGCCUUAUGCCAGUUAAAUUUUUAUGAAUUUAAAAAUUUUUAAAUUAGUUUUCUCUAUUCCACUGAUUUUUCCUAAAUCUUUGUGCUAUAAAUUCUUCUAAUUGCUUUAGUCAAUGACUUUUGGAAGUGCCUUUUUUUUUUUUUGUAAAAUAAUAGCUGAUUUCUGUCUUUCAAGUCUGUUAAAAUCUUAAUUUAUCUAUAGUAAUGUUGAAUAGAAAAUACAUAUUUUAAAUAAAUGCAAGCAUUUACCCCUUGCAUUUUCUGAUAA